AUGAAUGAUAAUGGUAAGAUAGCAUCAUGGUUUUACUGGGCGUCGCUCUCCGUUUUACUUCUCUUGUUCGUGGGCUUUUCCAUUGUUGUUCCGAUUGAUUCCAUGGCUCAGGCUUCGAGAUCGAAAAAUAAAGCUUUGAACACUUUUAUCGUCGUAGGAGCUUUUGUGGCCUUUGGGGUUUUUAGUAUUGUUAUAUGCGUAAGCAGAGUCUUGGUCCAGAGAAGCUGUUUACAAGAUAUUCCUAGAAGGUACCUGCCAAUUACUGCGGGAGACAUGCCGCAUGCUCCAAGUCGGAAGCUGUUGCACGAAAAACUGAAUUGGUCAAGCGAAUUGAGUGAACUGUUUUUGAAACCGCGAGAGAGGAUUGUUCACGAUGGACUCUCGCCGCCUACCAUUGAGGAUGUGCAGAGCGAUAACCCUUCUGAAGAUGGUGAGGGGGACACGCUUUUACCACCGUUCUUGAAUUAUGAGGACACUGUAAAAAUUAUAACAAGCAGGCUGAAGUACCAAGGCGUCUUCUCGAAUUUGGUGGAUUUGAAGCUGGAUGUCGGUGAAACGUUUUCCGAGAUGAUUGGCAUGCUUUUCAUCGAGAAGGGCGUAUUCGUGGACGACGCGAAAGAAUAUGUCAAUUUGUAUGAAACCCUCAGAUUCGAUAACAAGGGCAUCACGCAAGAUCAAUUUAUCCGUUUCAUGGACUUGUCACUUUUUUUUGCUGAUGAAUUGCUAAAGAUGAACAACAUCAACGCUGACUACAAUGACAAAGUGCAUUCUUUAGCAGGCUUGGCUAACUCAUUAUACGAUCCCAAAACAGAGCCUUCAAAUUCAAAUUUUGGUGACGGAACCUAUUCUCUUUCCGAAUCCCUUCAAUAUUCUCUGGACGGUGGUCUAGCGGUACCUUUUGAUGGCAACGUUGUGAGGAGGACGAAUACCAGUAACACAGUUGCAAGGCGCGUUACGAGGGAACCUGAGUCAUAA